AUUGGAUUACAGUACAAAGGUUUAGAGUAUACAACAAAAUCUUGUAAAAUAAUACUAAUAAAUAACAAAAUCAUUAGCUAAUGAAAAGUUCAAAAAUAACAGCUUAAACAAAUUUUAUACACAACCCCUAAAACAAGAUAAAAAAUAAUGGAAUAGUAUAUAUAAUCUUUAUAGGCAAAAUAAUUUUUCUAAAAAGAUAAAUUCAAUAAUUUCCAUACUUCCUGACAAAAAAUAAAAUAAAAAUAAAAAUCCUAUUUUCUUAACUGAAUUGAGAAUAAGCAAUUUAGAUCAAGUAAAACUCCAAAGAUUAGGUACCUAUUAUUCAGCUAUUAUUGUUGCGCAAAUUCAAGGUAAGACCACAAAAAAAUCUUCCUUCCUCUCGAAAGCAAUAUUAACAGAAAAAUCUUAGUAUUAGAAUCAAUGGUUUUCUGCCAUUGUCAUAAGUAUAUAUGGUGUAUAAUCAGUGCAACCUUCAUACUGUUCUGUCUUUCAUUGCAUACCUAUCAUUACUUAUCAUCCUAUUCAAACACAGCGAAACAAACAAUCCGUCUCAUACCGGUAAUGAAUCAGGAAAGAGCAGAGAAGAGAUUAAUCAAUGUACAAGAAGAUCCGUGCUCGGGCCGUUACAUUUACAUGCAUGAUCUUCCUGCAAGGUUCAACCAUGACUUAGUAACAAAAUGUCAUACACUUAGUCAAUGGUUUGAUUUCUGCCCUUAUGUGAAAAAUGAAGGUUUUGGCCCUCGGCUUAAUGAGACAAGUUGGUAUGCUACUAAUCAGUUUAUGUUAUCAGUGAUAUUCUAUAAUAGGAUGAAGAAGUAUGAAUGCUUAACUACUAGUUCUUUUAUAGCAUCAGCAAUCUAUGCCCCGUUUUUUCCUGGCUUAGAAGUAGGUCGGUUUCUUUGGGGUGGGUUUAACUCAUCAGUUAAGGAUGCGGCAGCCCUUAAUUUUUCUACAUGGCUAAGGAGAAAACCUGAGUGGAGCCGGAUGUUUGGUAAGGAUCAUUUCUUUGUAGCUGGAAGAAUCACUUGGGACUUCAGGAGGCUAAGAAACGCGAACUCUAAGUCAUGGGGUAAUGCACUCUUAAACUUGCCUGAAGCGAAAAACAUGACAAUGCUAACCAUUGAGUCAAGCCCUUAUGGCAGCAAUGACUUUGCGAUCCCAUAUCCGACCUUUUUUCAUCCUUCGAGUGACAGAGAGGUGAUUGAGUGGCAGCAACGCGUGAGGAAAUCAACAAGAAGAAGAUACCUCUUUGCAUUUGGUGGGGCUCCUCGCCCCAAUAUGACAGGAUCAGUCAGAGGAGAGUUGAUUAGUCAGUGUAAAAACGCGAUAGGCAAUAGUUGCAGGUUACUUAAUUGUUUGCAUAAAGAUGAUCUGUGUAACAGUCCAAAGAAUAUUAUCAAGACAUACAUGAAGUCUGAUUUCUGCCUGCAACCUCCUGGGGAUUCAUACACGAGAAAGUCUACUUUUGAUUCGAUCUUAGCUGGCUGUAUCCCGGUAUUUUUCCACCCUGGAUCGGCUUACAUUCAGUACUUGUGGCAUUUUCCUAAGAAUUACACAAAGUAUUCUGUGUUUAUACCAAUGGACGGGAUUAAAAAUGGGAGUGUAAAUGUUAGGGAGUUACUGUCAAAAAUUCCUGACAGUAAAGUUUUUGCUUUAAGAGAAGAGGUAAUAAGGUUGAUCCCAAGAAUUAUUUACGCGCAAAAUAAGUUGGAAACAUUUGAGGACGCAUUUGAUGUAUCUGUUAAAAUGGUUCUCAGGAGGAUUGAGGAAGCUAGGAUAAGGUUUCGACAAUGGAAAGAGGAGUCAAGAAGGAAGUAUUACUUCACAGGAAAAGGCGAAGAUCAUGAAUGGGAUUCUUAUUUCUGAAGCAAGCAGAAUUUGCAGAAAUAAUGCCAAAUUUUAAAGUUAUAAUUGUGGAAAUGAAUUGAUAGUAAAAGUUGUAGUUAGGUAUACUGUAAUAUCUGACUUCAUGAUAGUUUUUUACUGCUUAGCUUUAGAUUUAGAUUUUGACAUAUAAUCUUAGGGAGAAACAUAACAAAACUAGUCAUCUUUAAUCAAUUGUCUAAUGAUCAGAAUGCAUGAUUUUAUUUCUAUUCUGUUUAGUUUGAAAUAAAUAUUGUAUGAUGAGCUGAUGAUAGCUUACU